AUAAAGCUCCUUUUUCAAAUUAAGGUGGAUCUGGUUUUGGAGGUGUGGCCUGCCCAUGUUCUGGAGCAGAGCUCAAGUAGCAGUUAAUUUGCUUUCCGUUUGAACAGGGUUCCAGAUUCUAAGAGUGACUCCCACCUGCAGGCCGGUUCUGAUUUCUGAAAGGAUCCCUCUAAUCUGGAGAUCCUGGGGAGCCAGCCAUGGAGAGCGCCUACUUGAGGAAAAGCCUGGGCACCUGCCUGGCUGAAGGCCUUGCUGAAAUUGCGGAACAUCGGCCCGCAGAUCCUGUCUUGUACCUGGCCCACUGGAUUUACAAGUACAAGAAGAACAUGAUUGAGGAACUGCAGAGGAAAUUGGACAGGGAAGAACUGGAGCGAGAGCGCGAGGAGGCUCAAAAGGAAGUGGAAAUGCUGGAAAAAAUGAAAGAAGAAGAACUUCUGAUUCAACAAAAGCUGGAAGUAGAGAAACAGGCCCAGAUGGAGCGAGAGCAGGGGGAUCGGGAGAGGAUGGAGCGAGACCGGGCCGAGGAGCUCCUGCAGGAGCAGAAACGACAGGCAGAGCUGGAGGCGAAGAUUGCCGCUGAAAAGGAGGCGGCCUCAAAGACUUUGGCUGAGCUAACUGACAAAUAUGGAGCUCCUCACCUCAGUCGGGUUGAAGAGAUCGAUGAAAUGGAGCAAUCUGAACAUGCCUUGACUACUGUACCCGACUCGGAGGAAGAACAAUAAAUCUGUUCCUGUAGAUUCCAGAAAAUGUCACGAUUUUCCGGCAAACACCAGAUGAAACACAUCAAGGAGACUUAGAAUAAGUUAAUACAGUUAAGCGAAUUGAAAUUUAAAAAAAAAACACAUUAAAAUUUAGCCUAACACGG